AAAAAAAAAAAAAAACUGUCAUGUUAUAUUUUAGAGGUUAUAAAAAUUGUUCAAAAGAAUUAUAUUCUCUAAAAUAUCAGGUUAUUUAUUUUGUGAUGUACAAACGCAAACUGGAACACUAAAACAUAUUCGAUAUAACGUACUUUGAGCACCGCAGAAAACAUGAACCAAAUGUUUAGAAAUCUUUCCCUUGUAGCCUGUAAAAGCCCUUGUGCUAGUAAUAUUCAUACAGCAACAACAGCAUUCGCUUGGUCAAAAAUAACAACGCCGCGAACAUUUAUUGAACCAAACAAGAAGAUAUAUCCACCACAAGAGAUCGGAGAAACACCCAGACCAGCUUUUGUGUGUCAUCAAAAGACGAAUGUAAAGUACAGUCCAGAAAAGCUGUGGUACAUUGCUUGCUUUGUCAGAGGAAUGUCUGUGGAUGAAGCAGUAAAACAACUGAGUUUUGUGAAUAAAAAGGGAGCAGUAUUUGUUAAGGAAGCUAUCCUGGAAGCACAGCAAUUAGCAGUGACUGAGCACAAUGUUGAAUUCAAGAGCAAUUUAUGGAUAGCUGAAUCACUUGCUGGCAAAGGCAUGACUAUUAAGGGAAUUAGACGGCAUGCUCGUGGGAGGAUGGGGGAAGUAAGGUACCAGUACUGCCAUUACUUUGUUCGACUGGAAGAAGGGAAACCUCCCAAAGACUACUACAAACGCAACCCCCUCACCCCUCCACAACAACUUGAUGAAUGGCUAGAAUCAAUGAGGAAGAGGAAAAUUAUCAACUCAUAUUAAGUACAUUAUUUAUUUGGUCAUUGUUAGUUAGAAAAAUAUAAAAUUAGAAUCAAA